UAUAGUGCUGUUUUCCUCUUUUUCAUACCUCUUUGCACAAGUUUUCUGAAUAUUUGCAAUCGACUCUUGGCACAGAGAGAGAGCUUGUUCUUACCGGACAUAUAAUCGCACUGUUUUGUGCAGCAAGUAUCACUCUGCAAAACUAUGGAAGGAGGUUCUGCAGCCAUUGAAGUUCUUGUCCAAAACCUGAUCAACGUUUUGAAGGAUGAGUACUUUCUAAUUCAAGGUCUCGAUGAAAACACCAAAAAGCUGCAGACAACUUUGGGUAUCAUUCAAGCCUACUUGAAUGACGCUGCGAAUAAAUCCAUCACCGAAGAUGUUAAGAUCUGGUUGACAAAGCUUGAAGAUGUGGCUUUCAAUGCUGAUAAUGUCUUGGACGAACUCAGCUAUCAUCUUCUCCACAAAAAAGUGAAGAAAAUGAAGACUCCCACUACCAAGGAUAAGAUGCUAUCAUGCUUCUCAGCAUGUACUUACAUUUCACGCCGGCAUAAUAUGGCUCUUACAAUCAAGCAAAUCAAUACCACUUUUGAGUCUAUGACCAAAACGGCAACAGAUCUUGGCCUUCAAAGCAAAAUUCUGAAUGCACAUGUUGUUGCUCCAACUUCCAUUCAGACUAAUUCGAUCAAGAUUGAUCCAAUCUUUGUCGGAAGAGAUGAUGAUGUGUCUAAUGUAGUUGACAUGCUGACCCGUAUCCCCCAAGAUCAGACCAUCUCCGUCGUUGCUAUUGUCGGAAUGGGUGGUAUGGGGAAGACCACGUUGACUCGGAAUGUCUUCAAUCACGAAAGCCUAAAGACAUUCGGAUCACAUAUUUGGGUUCAUGUUUCUCAAACUUUUGAUCCAAUCGGUCUCUACAACAAAAUCUAUUCAACAUUGGCUUCAACUACCAAUGAUAGAGUGGAGCGAGCUGAGCAUGAGGAAGUUAUCCUGAACAAGCUUCGACAAGCUCUCAGGGCUAAAACUUAUCUUCUUGUUCUUGAUGAUGUUUGGAAUGAAGAUGUUCGGAGUUGGGAAGAAUUUAUGAAUAACAUGAAGGGUGUUUCUUCUACCAAGGGGAAUGGCAUUAUUAUCACUACACGGAGUAAAAAGGUUGUUUCAACUGUUAACCCAUUUCGUAUUCAACUAGUGAAAGGCUUAUCAGACGAAAAGUGCUGGUCCAUAAUCAAAACACAAACUUUUGAUGGAAAUGUAGAAGUUCCAUCACAAUAUGAGAUGAUUGGGAAAGAGAUUGCAAAAAGAUGUCGGGUUUGCCCUUGGCUGCCAAUGUGGCUGGGGGUGUGCUUUGUCGCUGUAAAUCUGUACAAGAUUGGCACUCCAUCAAAGAAAAUUGGCUUUCGGAUAGUGAAGAAGGUAAAAGUAUUUCAAAUAUAUUGAAAUUGAGCUAUGAUCACUUGACUUCGCCGUCACUUAAGAAGUGCUUCGCGUACUGUUCGAUUUUCCCCAAAGGUUGGGAAAUCAAUAAGGAAGAGCUGAUUGAACUAUGGAUGGCAGAAGGGUUUCUCUUUCUUCAACCUAGCCGAAGAGAUGAUAUGGAGUAUGUGGGAAAUAUGUUUUGUAAUGUACUUCUACAGAACUCUUUGUUGCAAGCUGCAAGGACAGAUUCUUUUGGAAGGGAAUACUAUAUGAUGCACGAUCUUGUGCAUGAUCUUGCAUCUUCCGUGUUAUCUAAUAAUGCAGAUGGCAGCAUUCGAUACAAGUUUCUCGAAAAUGAUUCGAGUCGUAUUCCAGAAGAAGUGUCGAGGAAUUUGCGUACAUUACUAUUGGAAGGUGGUAGCACUUUUGUUACCCUAUUCUCUAACUACAAAUGUUUGCAUAAUCUAUCUCUUUAUGGUUUGAGAUAUAAAGAGUUGCCCAGUUCAAUUAGGAAGUUGAUACAUUUGAGAAAUCUCAACAUUUCCAAAACAUCAAUUACAAACAUACCAGAGUGGAUUGGUGAACUACAUCACUUGCAAACAUUAAGAUCAGAAAUAUGGUAUUUGAAGGAACUGCCAGAUGCGUUGAAGUAUUUGAUUAAUUUAAGGCAUCUUUAUGUAUAUUCGGAAACAAAGUUGCCUGCGGAGAUUGGGAGAUUAACUAGUCUUCAAACACUUGAGUUAUUUAAAGUGGGCGAAGAGAAGGGCUACCAAAUUGAAGAGCUCGGAAGUUUGAAAAAUCUUAAAGGAACACUAAUGAUUGAGAACCUUGAAAGGGUGCGCGACAAGGAAGACGCAAUGAAAGCAAAUAUGUUGGAGAAGUCAUGUGUGUCUACAUUGAUGUUUAGUUGGGAUAACGAGGGAAGAGUCUAUGAAAUAAAUGAUGAGAGUGUAUUGGAAGGGCUCCAACCUCAUGCAAAUUUGAAAGUGUUGCGGAUUUUAGGAUUUAAAGGCAAAAGAUUUCCAAGAUGGUGUCAGAAGAUGGCAGUAUGGGAUGAGCUUCAAGGCUCUUGGGAAACACUUGACAGCUUGACUGAGAUAACACUUUCCAACUGCUCAGAAUGUGAGGAAAUCCCAACUCUGGUGAACAUGCUUAAUCUGGAAACUCUUCGUUUGCAUCGCUUGGAGAAGGUGAGGUUCAUAAAUUCUUCAUUCAAUAAUUUAAGAACUCUCGUAAUAUCUGGAUUAGAAUUGAAAUGUUUGCCAGAACAGUUAUUCUAUAACAGUCAGAAUCUCUCAAGAUUAUGGAUUAUAGAUUGCCCUGCAUUGAUUGAAUUACCGGAUGGUCUAGACAGCCUCAAUUCUCUUGUGGAGUUGCGUAUAUCAAACUGUGAAAAUCUAAUGUCAAUUGGGAAUCUAAGUGGCCGAAUAGGAAAAUAUCAAGGAAUCCUCUGUAAGCUGGAAAUUUUAGGGUGUGGACAGUUGGUGAAAUUUCCACAUCAAAUUCUAGAGUCAUCCGCAGCCACAAUCGAGAUACUAAGUUUGGAAAGAUUAGGGAGGCUAAAAAAUCUACCAAUGCUAAUUGAUUGCCUAGCUAAAUCAUCUCGCCUCGAAUCAUUGAUAAUCAGAGGUGUUCCUAAUUUGAUGGCUAGUGGUAGGGUUGAGAGGUGGGAUUUAGGCAGGUUGAAGAAACUAUAUAUAGAUGUGAGUGUGGAGUGGUCAAUGGAGAGUAGUAAUGCCAUCAUAGAGACUGUGGAUGGUAUAUUGCAUCGAUGUUGUGAUUUACUUACUCACUUAUUCUUGAAGGGGGUUAAAAAUUGGGAGAGGCUGCCUCAACCAAUUCAACAUCUCUCUACUCUUGAGUACUUAAAGUUAGAAAAUAUAGGUAGAAGAAUUGCCCCAGUGGCUGGAGAACCUCUCAUCUCUAAGGAUCUUAUGCCUAAGAGAUUGUAACAGGUUGAGGUGUCUGCCCUCUGUCGCUGCGCGCCUUACUAAAUUAGAAUUCUUACAAAUUAAAGAUUGCCCGGAACUACACAUUGAUUCAGAGUGGCGCAACCAUCCUAAUCUGGAAAUCAGAGAUGAACUCCCAUUCAGGGUGACUCUCGAGCUUAAUUGGUAGAGUGCAGAGGUGAAAAUGGAGUCAGGAUGAAGUCGGAACCCAAAAGCAAAGUCGAGAGACAUUCCACGUGAACUGCAGGAUUCAUGCACGCAUGGAACGCUGUGAUCUGUCCAAAACUCCAUCAUCCCGGAGACAAACUACCACCGACAAUUGGAGAACAUCAUGAAUUCUACGGUUUAGUUUUAAUAGUACUACUUAGCAGGUGUGGUUAUAUGAUGGAAUAAUUUGUUGAAAUCUAUAUUUAAUCCAUUGCUCU